AUGCAGACCUAAUUGACCUAAUAAUAGCAAUUAGAAUCAUUUCAAAGGCAAUUAGAAGAAAAGAGGCAAUAUAUAAAUUAAGUUCUUGAAAGAUCACAUUAGAAUCUAGUUCAAGGAGAUAAGAAUUUCGAGCAAUUCUACUUCAAGGAGGCUCAUACAAUCUACAUUUCAGCCAUUGAAGGUUUUAUAGAAAUUAUGAAAAUGACUAAGGAUGAUGCCAACUUUUAAGAUUAUAUUAAACACAGACUUAACUAUACUAUGGAUAGAACUUAGAUGUAAAACAAGCAUCAAGCAGGCUAUUAUAGUCAAAAUGUGAAUAAGGAUGCUCUUAAUUUCAUUAAAUCAGUAUUAUAAGAAAGAACUGAAUAGCCUACAAAUCAAGAGAAGAAAAAUGAGAUAAUUCAAAAGAUUAAUGAUAUUAAUAAGAGUGAAAAGAAGGAUAUUAAUACAGGAUAAGCUGAUGAAAAACCACCUUAAAUUGAGGAAGCAUAAAAGAAAAAGUCUACAGUUGACCCUGAAUUAUUAAGAUAAAUUGAGGAAUCAAUAUUAGAUUCAUCUCCUAACAUCAAAUGGGAGGACAUACAAGGACUCGAGGAUGUGAAGAAAGUUUUAAAAGAAACAAUCGUUUUGCCAACUAUAAGACCUGAUAUAUUCAAGGGACUUCUAUCUCCAGCCAAAGGUAUUUUACUUUAUGGCCCACCAGGCACUGGUAAAACUAUGUUAGCAAAAGCAAUAGCAACCGAAUGUAAGUGCACAUUCUUUAGUUGCAGUGCAGUGACUUUGACUUCAAAAUGGAUGGGAGAAGGAGAGAGACUUGUAAGAUCAUUAUUUACUCUAGCCUAUGAGAGAGAGCCUUCAGUCAUAUUUAUUGAUGAAAUUGAUUCUAUAAUGGGAGCUCGAGGUGGGAAUGAGCAUGAAGCUUCAAGAAGAUUAAAGACUGAAUUCCUGGUGUAGUUUGAUGGUGUAAACUCGAAUUCUGAUAAAAAAGUUUUAGUUUUAGCUGCAACUAAUAGACCUCAGGAUCUAGAUGAGGCUGCUCUAAGAAGAUUGACAAGAAGAAUUUACCUACCAUUGCCAGAUGGACCUGCUAGAAAAUCAAUGAUUGAAAAGAAAUUCCUAGCAUUAUCAUAACAUAGUUUAUCAGAGGAAGAUAUCGAAAAGAUAGUUGAAUUAAGUUAAGGAUAUUCCAGUGCAGAUCUAGUCUCAGUUAUUAAAGAAGUAGCUAUGAUGCCAAUCAGAGAAAUAUCGACUGAAAAACUUAUGGAAUUAAAAGAUCUUACUGAAAUUAGGCCAGUGCAUUUGGAUGAUUUUACUACCGCUCUUAAGAUUGUUUCUCCUUCAGUAAGCUCUCAUACCAUUCAAGAGUUUGAUGAGUGGAGAAGAGAAAAAGGUUAAAUCUGA